AUGCUGAAUAGUACCUUCAAUCAAAAUGAUCACAACAAUAACACUCAUCAGGAUCAUUCGUCGAAUUAUCACCAUCGUCGUCAUCAUCAUCAGCCGACAACAUCAACACUUCGAAAAACAAGGCAUAAACAUAAAUUUACACAAAGAAAAAAUAAAUAUUGGAUUAAACGAUUAAAUCAUUAUCUUCGUUGUAUGGAUUAUCAUAUGACUAGCAAUUAUUUACGUUUUCGUAAAAAUUUGAAAACUCUAGUAUCAUCAGGAAAACAUACUGAUUUGAAAACAUUUCAUCAUCUGGAAAAUUAUUUCAUAAAACAUUAUUAUUAUUAUGGUUGUUGCUCAGUGCGGGAUAAAAGGAGUAUGCGAAAUAAUAAUAAUAAUAAUAAUGAACCAUCAUUGUCUGACGACAGUAAUACGAGAACACGCCUUCCUAAUCAAUAUGUCAAUGAAUGGUGGAAUGGAAGGAUUCUCUGGGACAGCAGUUCUUCACAUGAGUAUGGUGACAAUUUGAAAGAACAUUUUAAACAAGUUGUUAAACAGUCAAAUGUGAAAAGUGCCGACCAGGGUAUCACAUAUACUUCAGGUGAAAUUCACCCCGAAAACCUGCAACAAUGUACAGAAGAAAUACCCAACAUCACCGAUGAUGAACAGUGUUCAAAACUCCACUCUGAAGAAAAUGUUGACACUGUAAAAGGUAUAAAUAAGUCAACGAACUUAAAAGUCAGACAAUCUGCCAGUCCAUCGAUCGACUUAACACAUGACAAUGUUAAAAGUUCAAUCAAUAGUACAUCACAUGACAGUGGAUUGGGUAAUUCAGGGCAUAUAAAUAUGAAUCUAACAAAUAUGGAUUCUUUCAAUAAAGAUACUUCUUAUAGUACUGUAGUGAAUCAUAAUAAUAAUACUAUUUGUAGUAAUAGUAUGAGUAAUACACAACAAGAUGAAUCUAUUCAUGAGUUGGCUUUAGAUUUAACUGUCAAUCGAAUACCUGAUCAUAAUUCUUUGGAUAGAUCUGGAUCUCCUAGAGAUAAAAACGAGUUGAAUCAACGGGAUAUUAAUCGAAAUCAAUUUUAUCCCCCUCCACCACCGCCUUAUCAUCAACAUCACCAAUACCAUAACUAUUUCAAAGGAGUGACAAAAGAUCAAAUUCAUGCAACAGGUACCAUGGGAACAACAACAACAACAGUAUCCAUGACUACUGUCACUAAGUCAAUUGAUUCUUAUACAAAAGGCGGGUCUAUUGAGCCUUCGACUACUAGUACUGCUGUUAUCAGCAAUGAUAUCUGUUAUGAUUUACCCUUGUCAUCAUCAUUGUAUCCCUAUCAACAAAUGCAAACAACUUGUCCGACGAAAUCAAUGGAUUUGUUCACAGCUGCUGCUGCCGCCUAUGCAGCUGCGUCUUUAGUCCAACCAUUUCGUAAUGAAGACCACAAGAGAAGUAUUAAUUCUACGACUACAAUCGGUACGAGUGGUACUCCAGCUUCACCGCUUCCGCUUACUACGCCUAUGAAUCAUAUUCCUCCAAUGAAUUCUUCAAUGUAUCCAACACAUCAACUACUUAAUACAAAUAUCAGUAGUACUGGCAAUAAUAAUUGCAGUAAUAAUGAUGAAAUGAAUCAAACAUUAAGCCAAUUUCCAGCCUUUCUUCAAUCAGCAAUACUAACAAUGAUGAAAAGUGCAAAAUUAUCACAUCCAGAUGACAAUUAUGCCUCGAAAUCAUUUAUGUCACCGUAUUCACAAACACUUUUAUCGAUUUUUAAUCAUUCAAAUUAUAAUUGGCCACCGAAAUCAUCUACACCUGUGCCAGAUGAUUUAAGCAGUAACACAAUAGGAAUAAUGAUCACAUCCUAUUGUCCUCUGCCGAAUCUACCUCUUCCUGGAGCUUUAUACAACCACAACCAUCUACAACAACAACAGCAGCAACCGCAAGAACAACAAAUUCAUCCUUAUGACCAUCAUCGUCACCAGUAUCCACUCCAAUUUGGCAUGAAUUCAGAAAAUAUCGAUGAAGAUUAUUUGAUGAAUGAAGAGAAUAUUGAUGAUGAAAUACCCCCGCUGGCAUCAUCACCAAGAUCUUCAUCAUCAUCAUCGCCAUUACCUCCACCGACGGUAGUACCGAAUUCCAAUGAAGGUGAACAUAAAACGAAUUCAAAAGAAAAGUCCUCCUCGACAUCUCAUCAACAACAGUCUAGUAGUUCUACAACACGAUCAUCACGUCCAUCUGAAGAUUAUUUGGAACAGUUUAUGAAAAUUGAUCAAACACAAAAUAUUCUAUGGCGUCAAUUGGCUGAUCGAUUUCAGCGUACCCUUGGACCGAAUCAGUGUGGGGUUUGUAAUAAAGUGUUAAGUUGUCGUAGUGCGUUGACAAUGCAUUAUCGUGUACAUACAGAGGAACGUCCUUUUGUGUGUAUUAUUUGUGAUAAACGAUUUUCAACGAAAGGCAAUUUAAAAACCCAUCUAGGGCAACACCAUGAGACAAUCGAAGCAUAUCGAACCGCAGUAGCUAUAGCAAUGGCUACAGGUGGUACACUGCCUCGACCUCCACCAAUGUCUUCAUCUACAACAGUUUCACACGGGAAUCCUGUCUCUUUACCAUCGAUUGUCACUUCGAUAGCUGAGCAUAUCCCAGUCCCCGCCUCCACCUCCACAGCAUCCUCACUGGUGUCUACCUCAGUAUCAUCCUCGUCAUCUACAACAAACUCGUUACUAUCCUCACCAAAAUCCCAGUCAAAUUAUCCAGAUUUCAUGAAAAUUAAUCCCUUGGAUACAUCAUCCAAUAUACUAAAUCAGAAUACAUUUCCAUUGUCAUGGUUACCAACAGCAUUAAACUCAAACUCACCUGUAUUCAAUUUUCAACAAAGACUAGAUUCAAAUGUGCUUGAUCAACGAAGGAUAACGCGUAAAGAAGAAGAAGAAGACGAAGUAGAAAAAGACAGUUAUAACUACUACAAUCCAUAUGCCAAUAUUGACCAAUCAGAGCUGACUAAAAUUUCCACCAAUCAAAUUCCAAGAUGUCAUAGUGAUGAAAAUCAUCCUAAUGAAGAUGACGGUAAUGCUGUUGAUGAAGCUGAUGAUGAUGAUGAUGAUGAUGACGUUGAUGACGCUGAAUCUAUAUUAUCAGAUAUAAGACCAAAUUAUCGAAUGAAUGAGCAAUCUCCAGGACCACUUAACUAUGGACGUGAGACACCAGCUUUGUUAAUAAAUGGUGUCAACACAUCAUCACCGCCUUCAACAAGUCUGUCUGCAACAUUCACUUCACAGCCUACUCAUAUCUCAUCUUCUGCUAUUAAAAAAGAUUUAUUCCUUGAAUAUACAUCAUCAAAUAAAUUUUUAUCCGUUGCUAACUGUCUGUAA